AUGGGCAGCAAAAUUCUACUCUUGCUAAUGAUUCCAGGAUUUAUCUUCAAACAGGCACAUUUAUUCCUACUUGAAAAUACAGAUGGAUCACAUGUUUCUAAGAGUGAAUUCAAUGCAAUUAAAUCUGUAUUCAAUGUACUUAAAUCUGAAUUCAAUGCUAUUCAAUCUAAAGUAAGCGCAUUAGAGGCAGUCAAGACGGAGUUCAAUGCACUUCAAUCUAAAGUAAUGGCAUUAGAGGCAGACAAGACUGAAUUCAAUGCACUUCAAUCUAAAGUAAUUGCAUUAGAGGCAGACAAACCUGAAUUCAAUGCGCUUCAAUCUAAAGUUGGUGCAUUAGACGCAGACAAGACUGAUCUCAAUGCACUUCAAUCUAAAAUUACUGCAUUAGAGGCAGACAAGACGGAUUUCAAUGCAAUUUAAUCUAAAGUCAGUGCAUUAGAGGCAGAAAUGACUCAAUUCAAUGUUCUUCAAUCUAAAGUUAGUGCAUUAGAGGCAGACAAGACGGAGUUAAAAGCACUUCAAUCUAAAGUUGGCGCAUUAGAGGCAGACAAGAUUGAAUUCAAUGCACUUCAGUCUAAAGUUGGUGCAUUAGAAACAGACAUGACUAAAGAAAAGACAAUGAUAGCUUUUGUGGCAGAAGUAUCAACUAAUAUUGUUAACCCAGUCAAUAAUGUCCCUAUCGUUUUUAAUCACUCGAUUUUGAACAUUGGGAACAACUAUAAUUCACGAAAUGGAGUAUUUGUUGCACCAAUACCAGGGUUGUAUCAUUUUGCAGUAGAAAUAACAGCCCUUUCGCAGUCCACCAGUCAUAUCUUUCAUGUUCGCAUAAUGAAAAAUAACGAACCAGUGGCCGUCACGUUUAUGGAUGGAAAUACCCACCUGUUUCUCAGAGGAACGGCUUCCAUCGUUCUUCAGCUGAACACAGGAGAUAAUGUGCGGUGCAAGACGGAAUAUAUUUGGGGUUCCAAUACUAUUAAUGGUGGAUCUACAUUAUCAACGUUCUCGGGAUUUCUUAUUCAGGCUGCGUGA